AUUUCAGGUUACUUGAACGCCUAGGCCAAACAACAUAGACAGCCUGACAUACUGUUGGGUAUUCCUUGACAUAUUUUUUUAAACAUAGUUAGAUCAUAUCUAUUAAUUUUGACAGUGAUUCUAAAAUGAACGACGUCGGAGGAUGUAACUUUAAACCUUAAUCUAACGAUGUAGCUCGUUUAUAGCCCAGUAACAUUAGCCACUGUUAGCUAGCAUUAGCAAAAAUGUCAGUUGCUAGCUGAGUUAGCGUUAGCAAGCUAAUGUAGCCUAUAUGAUCACCCGGUAGCAAGUCCGUAAAGUUUGACCAGAGAGACUUGUUUUGGGUGAGUAUGCGAAUGAACUGUUGAAUAUUACUUUUAUUGGCUUGAAAUCAAGAAACAACUGGGUCAAAACCAAGUGCUGGGAAAGCAACAGCCGGCGUUUCAUGUGUUUAUAUGAGCACCGUUGCGUGAUUGAAAUUCUAGCUAGCAAAGGAACGCUCCAUUAGCUGCAGUACAGACAACAUCCACCAAACUGGACAAAACGUUGGAUUUAGUCGGGUUUAAAUCGGGCUCGGCGGGUUCGCUGACCCCUCAGAAGAAGAUGAAGAAAAGGAAGGAGCUCAACGCCUUGAUCGGACUUGGGGACAGCAAGAGAAAGAAGACCAAGAAAGGGUCCGGCCACCGUCUUCUCCGAACCGAGCCCCCGGACUCAGAAUCCGACUCCAGCUCGGAUGAUGACGAGUUCAACAACCUGAGCAGUGGCGCUAACUUUGGCAAGAGAAGCUACACACAGUGCUGCAAUGUGUGCUAUCCCCUGUUUUUGUUCAUCAUACUAGCUGCUUGUGUAAUGGCUUGUGCUGGACUAAUAUGGAUGCAGAUCGCUUUGAAGGAAGAUCUGGACUCACUGAAAGAAAAGCUGCAUAGCAUGGAAUCCAGCCAGAAGGCGUCAUCAAAUGAAAUAACAAAACUAAGCGAGGACCUAAAAAAUAAGCAGAGAAAGCUUGAUGAUAUAGAGAACGGGGACAAGGGAUUGAGCAAACUCUGGUCUAAUCUCACAGAAAUGAACAGAAAGAUCAGUUUGCUAGACUCCGCUGUCAACCAUUUAAAGGCAAACUUGAAAUCAGCUGCUGAUUUAAUCAGCCUUCCUACCACAGUUGAAGAGCUUCAGAAGAGUGUUGCUACCAUUGGCAGUACACUUACAAGUGUCCAACAUGAUGUGAAGACUAUGCAGGCUGCUCUUGAAAAUCAGAAGAAAGAUGACAAUGACAUGAAGAAGACUAUGGACAUAUCAGACCUGAAAAAAGCAGUAAGCGAGGCUAACAAGACUGAGGAGCUGCACCACACAUGGACUGAUGAACAGAUCCACCUCCUCCUCUCCACAGUAGCAGAUCUUUCCCACAGACUGUCUUCUUUAGAGAACAGCUCAAACCAACCACCAAAGCAGAGCCUUUUGUCUGCUUCACAGUUGCAGGACAGUGACACAGCUGUGAAAGUAUCAGUCAGCAGUGAAAGUCCAUUAGCUGAAAUGGUGAAAGAAGAAACCACAACCAAAGCAACACCUAGAGAUGUGCAAGAGAUAUCCACUCCACUUACAAAGACACCGAUAAGCAGACGUCCACGCUUCCUCACCCCAAACCGCUCUAAGAGAAACGCUGUGAGAAGAUGCCCAAAGAGCGUGUCCCUGCCUGGUAUCAGUUCUCUGAAAGACCUAGAGGACCUCUUCCUGCACGUAGGUGUUGCAAGUAAUUCACUCGGAUUGACCUACUCUGACCUAAAGAAAGUAUUUGGACUGGUAACUCCCAAAGCCAGUACCUUGGAGUGCUAUGACAGUGACGGGGACCAGAGGUAUUCCCUGAUGGAGCUGAGGGCUGCUGUACGUUUGUGAGCAAAGCAUUGCUGACAGCAGUGAACAGUAUUGAAACCCAGCAGGGUCUGGGGUUCGGAGUUCCCGACCCUCCUCUGUAAUUGCUGCACUUUUGUGAACUGAAUAUUUAUCAUACUGAUUGUGGGAAAGUGGCGCUGGCAUGCCCUCUAAUCACUCACUUCCCUUCCCUGGUCUGUUUCAGUACAACCUCAGCUACAAAACAUAAGCUUAAAUUUUUAAAAUAACAUGAUGGUGAGUGGAUGCAAAAUACUAAUAAUUAUUAUUUUAGCUGUUUCCUUGGUUUAUAUGAAAUACACCAAUGGAAAUAAGUGUUGUGAAUAAUUUUGAUCCCGUUUCCUAUGUCCAGUUUUCGGACUUAAUUGUUUUCCUGCACAUUGUUUGGUUCUUUUACAGAUUUCUCUCAUCUUGAUGUAUCAUUUUUAUUUGUGUUUCCUGAGGAUGCUGUAGUUAUUAGCAGGUGUUUCCACCCAUUAACACCACAUACUAAUCUGGUACAGCUCACCUGUACCUUAUUUAUAUAACCUGGGGUAGAAUUUUAUGAAUGUUUACAAGACUACUAGAAACAUACUUUUUGUGAGAUGCUGAUUUUGUUUUUAGCUAGUUUCCUAACUUAAGUAAACAAUACAAUAUGGAGCAUAAGAGUAAAGACUUUUAUAUGCUCUUUUCUAAAUGAAACAUUAAGUUUCUACUUGUAUGUGUUUAUCUUCAGGUAGUUGCUGCAUUAUGAUUUGAUUCAUGUGUUUUAGUCCAUUUCUCUAUUUUUUUUCCUCCUGUCUUUGCAGUGAUGUAUGACUUGAAGGGCUAUGAACACUGUGCAUCAUUCAGAAAGAGUUUCAAAUGGUUACUCGUGACAUGUAGCAAUAACAAAAUGACUUGGGUAUUGUUUAACAUUGCAGUAGAUCUUUUUACAAUGACAGAUGGCACACUUAUCUCACAAUGUUUAACAGGUAGUAGAUGAAGCACUGACGAUCACUCCAUACUUGAUUCCUUUAAUUCCAGUGUAUGGGCCUAAUAAUGGUGUAUUUACAUAACAAAAUCCUCUUACUCAACAUUGUAUAGAUGGGUAAUUAUCUGGGGUGAAAAUGGUUGAGUUGGUAAAUUUGCAAACACAUUUAGCAUUUUCUGUUGUGCUUUGCAUGUUGCUUCUUAUGUAACAUGAACAAAUUAUUUAUGAACUUAACAUACUCGACUCUUUGUUUUGCAGGACAAUGGUUAAUUGAGCUCAAUCUGUAACAGCUUUGGUCGUCAUUACAUCGUUUUUGGGUCCAUGCUGCUACUGUAUGUGGGAGAUUUUAUGAAUGUUUUUGUGUGAGCACCAAUGAAUAAACACAUAGUUAAAGGUU